AGGCAAAAAGCUUAUUCCACAUCCCGAUUACAAUCGAGAAAUGGGCCACAAGUUUGACAUUGGAUUGGUGUUACUUAAUACAGACCUAGUGUUGGGUCCAUCUGUCGCCGUCAUCCUGCUAACCGACAUACCUCCGGCUAAAAACUUGGACUGCACCGUAGUGGGAUGGGGACAAGUUAUCGAGUUUGGACCCUUUCCGGAUGGGGCUGUUAAUGUUGACAUAAAAGUCCUGUCAAAAACUUUAUGCGAAAAUAUGCCAAAAUGGAAUCCCGAUGGUAUGAUCUGUGGCGGGGAUCCGAAAUUCUUCGAAGUGGACAGUUGCUACGGUGAUUCUGGUGGACCACUAUAUUGUGGCUUAAAGUUGUAUGGCACUGUCUCUUAUGGACGUGGUUGUGGCACUCCUGGCUAUUAUGGAGUAUACACCGAUGUAUAUUUCUUCCGGGAUUGGCUGGAGCCUGCCACACGAGGUGUAUGGCCUGAAAUUGAUGGCGGAAGUUCACCCAUAUUUUUCCGCAGCUUCAAAGGAGAGGUAUCUCAGUAUUUGGCGUCUUUAUUUUUGUACUAUUUUCUAAAAUUACCCUUAACGGCUUGGGAAUAGAAUUCGUAAA